GCGUGUGACUGGUUGGUGAAGUGGUUCUUGUAUGGCCGGUAUAAUGUCUGGAACAAAAAAAAUAUUUCUUGGACCUAUUGUUUCGUCGUCUUCAUUCAAAGAUUUGUCAUUUGCCGGCUAUUUGGCCACUGAGAAUGGAAAGAUUACUAAAUUGGGUUCAAGAGAAGAGUACAAUUCUUUACAACAAUCUGGAGCAUUUACUGACCACAAAACUAUAACUUUGAAACCAGGUCAGCUGCUAAUUCCUGGGUUUGUGGACUGCCACACUCAUGCCCCGCAGUUUCCUAACUUGGGUAUUGGGCUCGACAGACCUUUGUUAGAAUGGUUGGAUAAAUAUACUUUCCCGUUGGAAAGUCAGUACAAAGAUGUAGAAUUUGCUGCAAAGGUUUACGAUAAGGUUGUGCAAAGACUUCUAACCAACGGCACCACGACCGCCUGCUACUUUGGCUCUCUACAUCUCGAAGGUACUAUUGAGCUGGCGAAGACUGUGCUGAAACAUAAACAAAGGGCACUGGUGGGCAAAGUCAGCAUGAACCUCAAGAAUGAUGCCGGAUAUUAUAACGAGACUGCUGCUGAGUUGGACCAAGUGGAGAAGUUUGUGCAAACUAUUUUAUCUUAUAAGAAUGACUUGGUGCAGCCAGUAAUAACACCAAGGUUUGCAGUAAGUUGUGAUGAGCCUCUGAUGACUGGUUUGGCAAUGAUAGCCCAGAAGUAUGACUGCAGGAUACAGAGCCACAUAUCUGAGAACCUGAAAGAAAUAGAAUAUGUGUUAGAAAUGUACCCAUCCUGUACAAGUUAUGGAGAAGUAUAUGACAAAAGUCAAAUUCUCAGUAACAAGUGCAUCCUGGCUCACGCGAUCCACCUAACCGAAGCAGAGAUGUCGCUGCUGGCGGCGCGAGGAGUGUCGCUAGCGCACUGCCCCGCGUCCAACACGCGGCUGCGCUCCGGGCUGUGCCCCGUGCGCAAAUACCGCCAGCGAGGGCUGCGCGUGGGCUUGGGGACAGAUGUGUCAGGCGGAGACAGCGCGUCGAUACUAGACGCUGUGCGCAGGAGCAUGGACGUGUCCACGCAUCUGGACCUGCAGGCGGGAGGAGACAACGCCAUUAGCUGGAAGGAAGCGUUUUACUUAGCGACUAUGGGAGGCGCUGAAGCUCUAAACCUGGAUCACAAAAUCGGCAAUUUCCAAGUGGGCAAAGAACUCGACGCUCUUCUGGUAGACGUGUACGCCGCCGGUAACAUCGACCGGCACGAAUACUCCGCGGACAACACCGAAGAGGAACGCGUCACCAACCUCCUGCAGAAGUUCGUGUAUCUGGCCGAUGAUAGAAACAUCUUGCAGGUUUACGUUAAGGGUGAAUUAGUCAAAGAUAUAAGCAAUUGAGUAAGGUUAAAUACGUUGGAAAGUGCACCUGCCGAGUACA